CACCGGUGCUUGUUCGUAUCGAUACAAUGCUUGCAUUCUUCAAGACACUUUCCAGAGUCUACAGACCUCCUUCUGAAUAUUCGCCCGUCGACACCGACGAUGAUGGCGAAAAGGAGCACAGCCGAAUACCUGCCAAUCAACAUGGAAGAAACUUCUUCCUCUUUCGACUAUCCGGAGUCGUCUGGAUCAACAUCUUCCUCGUCUGCAUCUCAAUAUCAUUCUUCAUCGCUUCCCUCAACAUCCGUCACACAACCGACCACGCCACCUCGCGAAACCACAUCCUAAAGCAAAUCUCAGAGCCCUCCCCCAUCCUCGACGAAAUCGACAUCCCCAUCAUCCCCCAAAAAUGGGACACCAGCCUCAUCGAAACCGACCCCCUCAGCAUCUACCGCCAGGACCCCAGUCCCUUGGUCGACCAAGCCUGGCGCGACCUCGGCGACACCCGCCCCAUCCCCCUAACCAAAGCCCAAGUCCUGGCAAUGGGCAAAAACCCCUCCGAAGCCGUAAAACUCCCCACUAGCUGGGGACUCGGCCCCGAGCUCUACGCCGGACGUCUAGACGUCUUCCACCAAAUCCACUGCCUGGAUGCCCUCCGCCAAGAAGCCUACUGGGAUUACUACUACGGUGAUAAAUACCCCGGCGGACUCAACACCACCGGCACGAUCCAUCGUCUACAUCUCUCACACUGUAUACAUUACCUCUUGCAGAAUAUCCUCUGCAAUGCAAAUACAGCCGUGUAUACGCAUUUCUGGACGGAUACGGUAGAUCAUCCGUUUCCAGAUUUUGAUAUCACGCAUCAGUGUCGGGAUUUUGGGGCCGUGAAGGAGUGGCAGAGUGAGAGAGCGUUGGAUGAGGAGCGGUUUGUGAAUUUGGUCAGGCCGGAGGAGUAUGGGCCGGGCAGGUUCAUGUCGUAUCGGUUUAAGCAGGUGCAUGGGUAUUUUAAGACCCAUGAGGAUUUGGGGGGGUAUGAGGGGGGGGCGGUUGCCUAGGUGGG